GUGCAGUAUGCAGAAAUUCCCCACAUUUGUUCACUUUAACAAAACGACUCCAAGAAUAUAACUUUGAGUGCCUAGUUAUAAUGCGAUUAGAAGCCAAAAGGAACCAUUAAAUUUUGUCUGCUUUUGUGGGCUGUUGGGUUUGCAUCUGAAAGUAUUAGAUUAGCAUCAGCAGGAUGAAGUUGAAGUGUUCAUGGAAGCCAGCAUUUCCAUGGUUUGGAAUGGACAUCGGUGGUACUUUAGUAAAGCUUGUAUACUUUGAGCCGAAAGACAUCACUGCAGAGGAGGAGCAGGAGGAGGUGGAGAAUCUGAAGAGCAUACGCAGGUACCUCACGUCCAACACAGCCUAUGGUAAAACUGGCAUCCGCGACGUGCACCUGGAGCUGCGCAACCUGACCAUCUGCGGUCGCACAGGGAACCUGCACUUCAUCCGCUUUCCCACCGCCGCCAUGCACAGAUUCAUCCAGAUGGGCAGAGAUAAGCACUUCUCUAGCUUGCACACCACACUCUGUGCCACCGGCGGCGGAGCUUACAAGUUUGAGAAUGACUUCAGGACGAUGGCAGAUUUGGAACUCCUGAAGUUGGAUGAGCUGGACUGUCUGAUCCAGGGCCUGCUGUACAUUGACUCUGUGGGUUUUAAUGGUCAUCCUGAAUGCUACUACUUUGAAAACCCAUCUGAUACACAGAACUGCAUCAAGAGACCCUGCCGCCUUGACAACCUUUUCCCCAUGUUGCUGGUCAACAUUGGCUCAGGCGUCAGCAUUCUGGCUGUGAACUCCAAGGACAACUACAAGCGUGUGACAGGCACCAGUCUUGGCGGUGGGACUUUUUUGGGUCUCUGUUGCUUGUUGACGGGUUGUGAGACGUUUGAAGAGGCACUUGAGAUGGCCAGUAAAGGGGACAGCACUAAUGUGGAUAAACUGGUGAAGGACAUCUAUGGUGGCGACUACCAGCGCUUCGGCCUACAGGGCUCUGCAGUGGCUUCAAGUUUUGGUCACAUGAUGAGCAAAGAGAAAAGGGACAGCAUUUCUAAAGAGGAUUUAGCCCGAGCGACACUGGUCACCAUCACUAACAACAUCGGCUCCAUCGCACGCAUGUGUGCAGUCAAUGAGAAAAUUGAACGGGUUGUUUUUGUUGGGAAUUUUCUACGUAUAAACACAGUGUCAACAAAGCUCCUUGCCUAUGCUAUGGACUUCUGGUCCAAGGGCCAGCUGAGGGCCCUCUUCCUUGAACAUGAGGGGUACUUCGGAGCGGUUGGUGCUUUUCUAGAGCUGCUGAAGUCGUCUGAAGAUGCAUAAAAGAAAGUUCUUAUCGCCUCUGAUUAUCCAGAAGCUGCUUUACGACUUCCACACAGAAGCUCCAACAGGAAAACUGGGAACACUGGGAAAUCUGAAAGAUGCCAUUUAUAGUUAUUAACCUGUAAAUAUCCCUUGAAAAUAAGAUUUUAAACAAUAUUUUUAUGAGUAACUUAGUCUCCCUCAGAGUUUUGAGCCUUGUUGUACACACGUUUUCCAGUUGUUCUUUUUCUUUUGUACUGUUUGUAAAUAUAAGUGUGUAAUGAACAGGGAGAGUUUACGGAUGGCCAAAUACUGCUGUGUUUAAGUUUUGCUAUCGCUGACCUACUACCAUGUGAGAGAAUAUUCAACCUUCCUGUUUGUUGUCUCUGAACCUGUUCAGAGUAAUGGUUCUUUUGGAGUCUUUUUUGUGUUCAACUGCUGUCCAGACUCCAAAUCAUAUCAAACAAUACUCUAGAUCAGAUAUUAUCCUAGGUGCUGUGUUAGAUGUGUCCUUAGCUAUUUUAGUCAGGAAUCCUGUAAGUUAGGAAAAAUGCUAGUCUCUAUUUCCAGUUGCCUCUAAUUUUACUUUUCAUCUUCAUUACUGUUAAAGGAAUAAUUACUUUUGAAAACAGGCUCAUAGAUGGAAAAUAAAAAGUUUACAUUUUUUAGGAUGAUACAUCUAAGAAGUGUACUUGUAUCAACGUAAUGAUCAAGGUACUUCGCUGCAGUACCAUGGCUGCAGCAGGUACUAUUAUAUUACCCAUCGUUGCCCCUGCUGCAGCCAUGAUAUGACAGCAAAGUUUCUUGAUUUUUAUGCAAGAAUAAGAGUAUAGUUUCUAGAUGUAUGAGCCUAGAAAAGGGCAAUUUCCGGUCCAGGUUAAAAGUAAGCUUUAAGUAGUAAAAUUAUUGAAAAUCUUUGACCACUUCUGAGCAAGAUGCUAAUGGUCUAAUCCAAUACAAUGAUCUAUGCUAAGCUAAGCUAAAAGUGCUCCCACCAGACCCAAAGAUCGGCUGAAUGGAUUCAGAAAUGGUCAGACUCGCCUGUUUAACUAUAAGAGAGUUGUAAAAUUAGUUUGUUUCCAAAAAAGCUGAAUAAUUCUUUACAGUUUUCCAUUCAUUUAUGCAUGUCAGCAAUCGAAUAAAUCAGUUCACCAUUUCAUUUUUACCAGAAUAGGUUAUAAAAUGUGUGUCAACUGAUUCACGUAAAGCCUUUCAUUUUAAAAGGAUGCACAGAAAGCUCAGGGUGUCUCACUUUUAGAUUUGAGAGGGAAUACUAUGGGACCAAGUGGCCAAUUUGACACUUCAUAUUGAAAGCUCCUAUAUAAUCCCACAUUUUUUAUUUUUCUCCAGUUUUGCUUCUUAUAUUUUUUUUUAAUUCUGCCUUUUCCCAUUCGUCUUUCUAUCUUACUCAAAGCUGCUUCAUUCAGAAUGCAUGCAGUUAUCUUCAUGCACCUCCUCUUUGUUAGUUGCCUUCCUCUUGUCUGUGGUUUGAAAAAUGGUACUGACAGUGCUCAAAGUUUCAGAGAAAUGGCAAAAUAGAAAUAUUAAAUCGUUAUGACAGCAAUUACCCACAAACCCCCUUUCCUCGUCCUUUCAAAAACCAAACAUGAUUAGACGGUUCAAAGACUCAGCCAUUGUGUUUUCAUUGUAGUGCCAAACUGAGAAUGGGAGUCCAAUCAUGCAUUCCUGCUUUGCCAGGCUUUGUAUCACAAUGCAUCUCUCAAAUAUUAAGUAUACUUGAAAGGAAAUUCAGGAUGUCAUCAAAAAUCAAAACACCACCGAUCUUCCAGUCAUUUCUGUUGUCAGACCUCUGUCUUACAGUAUAUGCCUUUUAUGUGGUUGCAUUUGUCUUUUGUUUCGUCUUGCAUUCGUUUUUUGCAUUUUAAUAUUUUUAGUUUUUUCAAAGAAUGAGUUCAAUGUCAUUUUUAAAAGAAAAUCUAAAAAAGAAAAUUGUUGGGGACCUCAAAAAGUGUUCAUGUUCACCUCUUUUGGGGUUUAAUUAAUUGCUUAAAAUGUUGUGUACAUUUUACAGUAUUUAACUAUGACUUUUGUUGGCCUUUAAUAUUUGGCAUUAAUCUAUUUACAGCACAUUCUGUGUACAAUAUUUUGCUGAGAUUCACAAACAUUGUAAUUUUUAUUUACGUUUUAUGAGUACUAAUAUAUUAUUUGUUCCUUUUGAUUUUAAUGUUUUAGGAAAACUACCAAGUUUAAAACCCUCAUUCUAGAUUUGGAUGUUCUGAUUACAAAUAUAUCAGUAUGACAGCAGUAUCUCAUAUAGACAAUUAACAUUCACACACAUUGUACUUUUUUAAACAGUUUGUUCUUGUCACACAAUGUUAGCAAGAUGCAAGUGUGAGCAUAUAUCAAAGAGUUCAAGCCUGUUUAACUGCACUUCGUAAGUCUAUACAUUAAACAGAGCUGUCACCUGUUGUGUCUGUAGUA